AUGAAAGCCAGAUUUCAAGAGGAGGUAUUGAGCAGACCUCAUGCCCUUCCAGAUAUAUUGAUUCCAUUUCUGGUGUUAUGUGAAGCAGAUUGCAUAUCAUCAGUAAUCUCACAGGCCUAUCGUUGCCCAAUCAAUGUCAGGAAAAAUCAGGGUGGAAAAACCUGCAAUGCAGAAGCUGCUGAGAGAUACACAGAAGUGACUGAGCCAUCCAUUCUGGUGACUGACUCAAACACCAUCCAUGUUUGGUAUUUGCCAGAUGCUCUCAGCCCAAAAAGAAGGGCCAACAUAUGGAACUGCCUUCAUCUUCUGAGGGAACCACUGUGGGAGAGCAUAAAGGCUUCCCCACAGGCAUGGUGGAUGGACAAGUCAUAUUUCUGCAAUAAUGCUAAGUUGAAAGGUGCCAUCAACCUGUCACCCACAUGGUUUCAACAGGGUCAUGGGCCCCAAAAUGGCUUCCUGGAAGCCUCACAGCUGCUCAAAUCCAGGAUGGAAAACACUUCUACAAGGGAAUGGGUCGACCAAAUGUCUGACACCAAUGCCCUGUUAUCUGCAAUCCUGCAUGUCAUCCAUCCACAAAUGUAUGCAGAUGGCAGGGAAGCAUUGAUCUGCCUUGGCAAACAGGUGGAACAGUGGGCAGAUUCAGAUAUGAGCUCCAUACUGCUGAUAUGGAGCUCCACAUAUAGCAGCAUGUCUGUGAUGGUGAAUUGGGCAACUUGUUACCACAGGGAUAUCAAUGGAUGGGAUCCAUGGUAUGACAUGCUGGUAACCAUGGGUGACUACCCACCCUUGGACUUUCUGUGCUACAACACAGAGACGAUCAUUGCAUUUUCAGGUUCAGCAUUGGAGCAUGGGGUGGGAGCUGUAGACAGUGCCAGAGCAUGCCUGGCAUACUACAUGCAUGCCAAUACCAGUUGCAACUGGAGAACUGUUGAUUUGAAGCUGCAAAGUUUCAUGAUAUGCUGGCUCUUGAACAUUGGAUGGGUGGUGUUCCCAAGAUUUUGCAAAUGGGCAGGUGCUUCAACACCAUAG